AUGAACGUUCUAAUUGAUGCACUCUUACGUUUGUCAUGGAUAAUGAUAUUACUACCAAAAUUCUUCCAUUCACAAGCUCAUGCAAAAGUCACCAUUGACGAUGAUACUGGUUACUUUGUUGAUCCACAAGGAUUUAUUAAAUUAUUUCAUGGAAUCAACUGUGUGCAUAAAGUCGCACCAUUUUACUUUCCAAAACUACUUGACCCUCAUUCAUUCAGAGUACUUAGAGAUUGGGGAAUUAAU